CGUGACGCCGCGACCUCGGCACUUAAAUAAUACAUACACCUGACUACACUUCAUCAUUCAGCAAGAUCAUUAUACAGGACUGUUAAAGUGGAUCGACAUGGUCAGAUUUUGGAGCUGUCAGUCCAGUAAGACAUAUUGCAGUAUUAUCGACAGUCACAGGUCAGUUCCGUAUUGCCGUGCUCAGGACAGCUGCUUGUGCAGGCAGUAUGCGGUGUGAGGGCUGGAAUGUCAACGCGAGAGCGACGACUUAAGAGUGGUUUGUACUGCAGGAGCCAGGUCGGUUAUCAUGAUAUCAUGACUGAGGAUAUGUUCUGUUCGUAAAAUGCGCUGUGUCAUUCCAGAAACUGGACUUUGGAAUGGAGAUGACUAUUUUCUAAGCAUUCAUGGAUUGUUGUGAAUCGAUGAACCCUCGUGUCAAAAUUCGUUUUCAAAUGAUAUCUUGGACUCUAAUUAUGGAAACUAUAUUCAUAUCCAAGUAGUGAAGUUUGGAGAUUCGUGAUGUAUUAUUUUGAAGACGACCUAUACGACGCCAUUGCGACUGGCAAUGUGGCCUCGCUCAGGGGUUAUCUGAGUCGUGGGCUCAGUGUUAAUCAUGCAUUCAGGAACACGACGACCGUCAGCAGGCUGGGCAUGACGUUACUGGACGCCGCCGUCUCCAACAACCAGAGGGAUGUUAUACGUCACCUUUUGUCGCGUGGGAGUGACGUUAAUAUGAAGUACAUUGUUGAUAUAGACGAAUUCAGCUACAAGCUUCGAGAAUAUCGGAAGAAGGAUAAAUUAAAGUUGAUGUCAAUGUACCCAUGUAUUGUAAAAGGAGACUUAGACAUGGUAAAGUUGUUGAUACAGGGAGGUUUUGACGUCAAUAUCCAAGAUGAUCGCGGUUGUACAGCAUUAUGGCAUGCCGUUGACCUAAACAACUACGAUAUGGCCAAAGCUAUGGCUACGGCUGAGUGCUGUGACGUGAACUUAGCUGACGUGACAAUGUUACGUCCGCUGCACGUGGCCGCCUUACACGGGAACGUACGCAUCGCGUCGUUGCUGAUACGUCAUGGAGCUAUCAUUGAUGCAGUGCAGUUGAGGGGGUCGUCUCCUCUUAUAUUAGCGGUAAAAUCGGCAUGCUAUGACACAGUGCGCCUUUUGUUACUCAACGGCGCCGACCCCAAUCGCAUCGGCUACAACGGCCACACGCCUAUAUCCACAGCGUUUCAGGUGUGUACUGACAGACGAAUACUCGAUAUGUUGAUAGAAGCAGGAGCCUUUUGCUACCACAGUCUCAUCAUCAAGUGUCGGAGGGAGAAACUACCCCUUCUCAAAGAGCACCCGGAAGUGGUUGGCAUUCUCAAGGAACUGGCUAGCUCCCCAAGGUCGCUAAAAAUACAAACGUGUCUCGUUAUAAGACGCACUCUACUGGCUUCGAAAUGUCAUCUUCACCUUAUGAGGAAAGUUGCAAAACUACCUCUGCCGAAAAUAAUGCAGGAAUUUCUAUUAUUAAACUAUCUGUGAUAAAUAGGAGAAUGGGUGUUGACUUGAGACAUUGGCCAAACUAUUUAACUAUUAAGAAACUUCUGUACAGUCAUGUCAAGUUAGCCUUUUUUUAAUUCAUGUCGGGAGAUGCAGUCACCUCCUUCCUGUAUGGCAGAUCAAUAACAGAACUUCUGGUUAAGAAGGCUAAGAAAAAGGUAUAGUUAUUGCCAAGCUGUUAUUGUGAUUGUGAUAUCUUCUAGCCCUUGGCCAAAUACCUAUCAGCAUUAGGACAACAGUAUUGUAUCACUAAUACAACAAUGGAGACGGUGAAAUGUAUAUUAUAUUCCUUAUAUCCUUCCAGUAUGGUUUGUUUGUUAAUUGCGCGUGUUGCAACUUGGUGGCAUGGUUUAUUGUGAGUGAUGUACAUACACAUCUUAAUAUAUAUACAUAUAUACAGACAUAUACACGUUGAAAAUGAAAUUAUGCACAGAUAACUUUAACUUCCUAUAUAUAUUAUUCCAUUGUUAUAGUUAUUUUACUACCCAUUCAUCUGCUUCUUUACUUCUUUGUAUCAUAUAUUGUUACCUACUGUUUCACCAGAUUGUGCAUUGAGCUCCGCCCGCUGGAAGUAUCAGUAGCCUGGCAGCACACCGAAUGUAAUAUCUGUGGAUACCAUUUAUGAUUCAUAGCCCGUGGCUGUCCCAGUUACACAUAAAACAGGAUGUAUAAGUAAGUAAUUUUAUAUGAAGCAUUGUGCAAGUCCUUUAACUUUGCUGAUGUUAUCAUGGUAAUGGUCCACUGGUCCGUUUCUACUAACUUAGUCUAUGAAAUAUUUAGGUGAAUGAGUUACCUGUUUCGUUAGCUCCCCCCAGGCAAUGUUGACUUGAGGUGUACGCUGUAUAACAAACUGUUGUUUUUGGAUAUUAUCACUUGGUUCUAAACUGAGGAUCAGUUAUCUACGUGUUCUUCACCAGCAACAGUGAAACUCUUUUCUGUGAUUAACUCUGCUUGUGUGUAUAUGUGUAUGAAAUGUUGUUUUGUUUUUAUGGCAUUGUGAUUAAAUAUUACAAACAUGAA